UUCACUUGUUAUCAAUUGGAAAGGAAUGAAAGAUCCAAAGUUCAUCCGUUCAAGUCCACCUAGUCAAUGGAUUCGUUAUUUGAUAUCAACUGAAACGCUAUGGACAGCUCCACUUGUUAUAUUGGCUUUUGCUACUUUGAUAAGAUUCGCUGUGGCAUUAAAUCCAUACUCUGGUUAUGAUACACCUCCAUUAUUUGGUGAUUAUGAAGCACAACGACAUUGGAUGGAGAUCACAACUCAUUUACCUCUUCAACAAUGGUAUCGAUACGACUUACAAUGGUGGGGUCUUGAUUAUCCUCCUCUUACUGCUUAUCAUAGUUGGCUUUGUGGAAAAAUUGGAGGAUUCAUUCAAUCUGAAUGGUUUGCUUUGGACACGUCGCGUGGUUAUGAAUCUCCAGAAAGCAAAUUCUUUAUGCGAACAACAGUCAUUAUCUCUGAAUUGCUGAUAUAUAUCCCUGCCGUUUUUGUAUUUUGUCAAUUGGUAUAUGGAUCUCAAGGUUACUUAAAGAAACAUGUCUCGGCCAUUCUUAUUCUCUUACAACCUGCAUUGAUAAUGGUGGAUCAUGGUCAUUUCCAAUUUAAUGGAGUGAUGCUUGGCUUUAGUUUAUGGACAAUCAUUGGAUUACUAUCUCAUCAUUAUAUCUUGGGUGCUAUUGCUUUCUGUUUAGCCUUAGGUUUCAAGCAAAUGGCAUUAUACUAUGCUCCAGCUGUAUUUGCUUUUUUGUUGGGUCGUUGCUUCAUUGAGGACAAGGGGAUAUUCUUAUUUACCAAACUUGGCAUCACUGUGAUCAUCAGCUUCGCUUUGAUGUUUUGGCCAUGGUUGAAAAACGUGGACGAAUUGGUUCAAGUGAUUCAUCGGAUAUUUCCCGUUGCUAGAGGAUUAUAUGAAGACAAGGUAGCCAACGUAUGGUGUACAUUAAAUAUAUUUAUCAAAUUACGACAACAUUUAAGUCUAGAUGCGACCAUGAAAUUAAGUUUGGUGGCUACAUUAUGUGUUGUGAUUCCAAUCAGUAUUCAUCUUGGAUUAUAUUCUUCUCGACGACGAUUUAUCUAUGCUCUUGUCAAUUCAUCCUUGGCAUUUUUUUUGUUCUCUUUCCAAGUACAUGAAAAGUCAAUUCUUUUACCUUUAUUACCUGUGACCCUUUUGGUGUUGGAAGAACCUGUAGCAACUAAUGUGAUGGUAAAUACUGCCAUGUUCAGUAUGUUUCCAUUAUUGAAACGUGAAUCUUUGGUACUACCUUAUUUUCUGACUCUCAUCCUCUGGAAUUGGCUUAGUGGUAUUCAAAAUAUGGAAGGCAUGGCAUCUCGUUGCUUGAUCUGGGGUCCUCAAGUUGUGUUUAUGGCAUGGCAUGUAGUUGAAUCAUAUAUACCACCCCCUAAUCAUUUACCUGAUCUUUAUACUGUGAUCAAUGCCGUAUUUAGUUGUAGUAUAUUUGGAUUAUUAUUUAUCUAUUUUGUAUACCGUCAAUUUACUUUAGUACCCCAAAGAAAAGAUAAAGUGAAAUCACAAUAAAUA